UGGUCAUGAGAUCACUGAUUAUGUUCGGGUUAUCGCAGAGAAAUCACUUAAAUGUUGAUAUUCUGUGAGCACACAGUGCCUAUAAAAAUUCUACUGACGCCGCAAAAUGCGUAAUUGUGUGCUAAUUAUUGACACCUGCUAGUUUUUGUGUUAGCUGACAAAAACACUAAUUCGCGGUCAAGGAUGCGGACGGAAUUAAAUUAUACCUGGCAAAUCAAAGCCUGUCAUUUUCACUAAAUGUAUGCAAAUGUAUGAGUGGUUAGUCAUAAAAACUGCACAGUAUUUUACUGUGAAUUCCAAGUAUGUUUUCUCUAAACUGUCGAGUAAACUGUCCCUGAAAAUUUACGUCUCUCUCUCUCUCUCUCUGUCUCUCUCUCGGGCCGAUUAUGUGGAUGAUUAAUGGGCAAUUUUAACAGAAAGCCGCUGUUUGUGCCGGGAAGGUGCAGCGACAAUGAGUACCUCUACCCAGGAGAUCACGCCGAUGAGUGGGUGUGCGACUGCAAGCCAGGCUUCAUCUAUCACCCGGACACGAGCAAGUGCUAUCUGGUGUACAGACAAGGGCCCUGCCAACCCCGGCAGAUGCUCGUGCUGCCCAAGGGCAAGGCGAUUCCCGAGUGCGUGGAGAAUCCCUGUCGCGAGGACGGAAAGGUGCGCUUCCACAACGCCUGCUACGACCUGCACAAAGCCGGUCCCUGCAUUCUGCCCGAGUUGACCAAUGUGGUCGACGUGAAUGUGACAACACUGGAACUCCAAUGCCAGAAGCUCUCCGUGGAUCUGUCGAAUCGCUUCAGCGACGACGAGAUUAAGCAAUAUGAAGUUCAAGGUGAGGUGCCGGCAUGCCCAAAAGGCAGCAAGCGCCAAAUAAACGGCAAGUGCCAAUAAGUUAGGGGAUAAUACGAUAAUUGCCCU